GACGCGAUGACGCGCGCGCGAUAAUAUCGAAUUAAUCAUUAUGAAAAAAAUUAUGUGACAAAUUCCCAUAUCACGUGAUGCCUGACCGCUUCGGUUUUCUUCCAUUUUCAGUAUCUCACUCUCGCUAACAUUCUCCUUUUCUGUGUUCUUUUUCUUCGCAUUGUUCGCCGCAUCCGCCAAUACGUUUCCUGUCCGUUUUCGAACGAUAGGGAAAGAAGCUGAUGAAUUCAUCACUCAAGAAUAUUUCCCGUUGUUGUGUGUAUUUCUAGGUCAAACGCAAGUUUUCUUCCGCGGAGAGUGGGAACAGGAUGAUGAAUCACGUGAUUUCAUUAUUUCACAGAUAUGCCGGAUAUAGCGGCGAUCACUUUAAAGCGACAAAAGCGCGGCGUCUUAUCUACGACUGGCUCAUUUGUCGAUUGUCAUUCGGCCGGCGUGGUGUUUCCGAGUUGAUCUUUCCUUUUAAAACGCUUUUUUGCUCGCGCAACUGAUCUCUUAUAUUAUUAUUAACAUUGAUCGCGACUUCGAACACGCAAUCGUCAGUCGUCAGAAAUUAGUUACUCACAGAGUGCAAAAUAAUGGAGAAGUUAUACAUCUUCACUCUUUUCAACAAGUUCAUCAAGCGAAGCAACAACGAUACGAUGGGUUUAUUGAUUGACAGUGCGGAUUGUGUGAGAAAAAGAAAGAAUCGCGCGUCAGGCAACAAUUCACGAUGCUCACGUGACUGCUCUGAGAAGCGACGCGACAAAUCUGGAGGACUACGCAAGAGGAUUUUCUCCAAAAUUCUGAUCUCGCCGUUGAUCACAAAGGUGUCUUCUAAAGAUUUCCAAGCAGACAUGUCUCAAGUUCCUCUUAUGGCACCCGAAAGCAAUCUGCAAGUCGCAGAUUGCCACAAUAUGGUAAUACUUCAGGUUGGAUUACCUGGCGAUUCCUGGACAUAUCGCGUCGAGCGAGAACAACUAGCCAAAAGAUCGGAAUGGUUUCGGGCAAUGCUUACGGGUCCACUUGCACCACCUCAGACGGAUUCGCCACCCUUGCUGCGAUUACAACACGUUGACAAGCGGGCGUUCGAUCAUUUUCUCAGAUACCUUCACGACGAACCCGUCAAUUUUGUAACGGUGUCCACAGCCAGAGCUACUCUUGACGUGGCCCAUCAGUAUCUUUGUUCCGAGCUCGCGCGAUCAGCUGCAGCAUAUUUGGAGAAGCAUCUAACACCAUCGAAUGUGCUCGAGAUUUAUCAAAACCUCGGACUCUAUGCGAACGAUCGGAGAGGCAGUGAACAAUCCAGCUACGACAGAUCGCCGAACUCGCCGUCGGCACCAUCACUGCCCGAAAACGACGCCGACGAAAUAGCUGGCGUGUGUACCAAUCUUUUACACAAAUGCCUGUUUGUGAUAGACGCGAAUCCGGAGACGGUGCUGCGUCAAGAACGGUUUGAUGAACUUAGCGUCCAAGAAGUCGCCGAUUUGGCGCGGCGUGAUACAUUAAAUCUCGAAAGCGAGUGCAACCUCUUCUCCGCGUUGGACAGGUGGGCCAAAGCGGAGUGUAGAAGACAAGGUAUCGAGCCUCUGCCGGCUAACAAGAGAGCUGUGCUCUCAGACGAUAUUUGCUACAGCGUAAGGUAUCUUUUAAUGGACGAUGAAGAAUUUAUCAACGGCCCUAUGGCGAGUGGUAUACUGACCAAUGAGGAGUGUGUUCACAUCAUCAGCAAAAUACUCGGGCAUCCCGAAAGCUCGAAAAACGAUAACUUUCGAGAUACUGCAAUUGUUCCACCGUUCAGCUUAUCUAAAACACCCAGAAUUGGGACACAUUGCUAUGUGGAUGAAGACUGCAGUAUGUUCAGGCCGGGCAAAACGGAGCGACAAGAUAACCGGAAAAAUAGAAGGAAGGAAUGUGCUACUAGAAGCCAAAGAGUUUGCUCUGAAAUCGGAAGUUGUCUUAUAGAAAUUUUAGCUCACAUAUUUGAUUAAGUAUCGCUGCUCUUGGCACUGCUCGCAAAAUUUAAAUCUCCCACCGAGAAAAAUGUUGCAUUGUCUUUUUUGUCUUUUCGAUUGCAACUUAACUCUAGGAAUCGAGAUACGAAAUAAUCUAAUUGAAAGCGACAUGCUUAUCAAACAUUUUAUAAUUUAAAAAAAUUACAAAACAACAUUUAGAUAUUUACACGUUAUCUGGCAACUAAAUUUAAAUUUUUUAGAAAGUUUAUUCUUAGUAUAAUUGCAUAAUUAAAGUAGUCUGUAAAUUUUGGACUGGGAAAUCUUUACAAUACCCGAAUUAAAGUAAAGUUCUUUUACAAUACCCGAAAAAAAUGGUAUAAUUGGUCAGAUGUAAAUAUAUAUAAUUAGUUAUGAAAAGAUCUGAUAUAUAAUUUUAUA